UAUAUAUCUUUUUUCCCAUUAUUUAUGUAUGCGGCAAAUAAAGUAAAGGGUGGGUCUAUUAUAAGAGACGAUUCCCCAGUCUUUUCACCUCCAUUUUGCUUUCAUCUCUGUCUUUCACUAAGAACAUCAACAAUGCUACUUCUGACGGGGAAACUGGUUCAUUUCAUCAUGUUUAUAUGUCUUAUGAGCAUACUCGGGCCACCGGUGGUCGGCUCAUCGUCUCAACAACAUGUGAAGACGCCCGUAGGCAACAUUCAUAAGGUGGAUCAUAAACUGAUGUUUGAGAUUAAACUACAUGGAUUCCUCCUGUGGGCAUCAAUGGGGUUUUUUAUGCCUGUUGGGAUACUUACUAUUCGACUGUCAAAUAUGCAAGAAUGUGGAAGAAGGCUUAAGAUUCUUUUCUAUGUUCAUGUAGUUUCACAGAUUCUUUCUCUACUUCUUGCAACAGCUGGGGCAGUCAUGUCUGUAAAAAACUUCAAUAAUUCCUUCAACAAUCAUCAUCAAAGACUAGGGUUAGCUUUAUAUUGUAUCAUAUGGUUGCAGGCAUUGAUUGGGGUCCUUCGUCCUUCGAGGGGAUCAAAAGGAAGAAGUGGAUGGUUUUCUGCACACUGGUUACUAGGAACUGCAGCCUCAGUUUUAGGUAUAAUCAACAUUUACACUGGAUUGGUAGCAUAUCAUGAGAAGACGUCAAGGAGCAUAAAGCUUUGGACCAUACUUUUGACGGCUGAGAUCUCUUUGAUUGCUUUCGUUUACUUGUUUCAAGACAAAUGGUUGUACAUACAAAAGCAAGGAGUUAUUCUGGGAGAUGAACCUGUAACAGUCAAACAACAGGAUAUUUCAUCCGCAGAGAAGCCAAAGGGAUCUAGCAGUGACAAUUGUUGA